UAUGCACAUGCUAAUAAAAAAUAAAAAAAUUAGCUAUUGUAUUCAGAAAACAAAUAUUUUAUUGUAAAAAAUCUCCUCUCAUUAAUAAAUAAAUCCACGAUUUUCAAAAAAAAACCAUCAAGACACUUUUUAAUGUUUUCAAAUACACGUCUCAUAAUCUCCAUUUAAUGGUGACCAUAUUACUCAGUUUAAUUAAAAUAACCCGGUAAAAAUCUAACCGAAAUCAUGAGUAUUUUACAAAAUGUAUUUCGAACAGCUUAUAACGUAACGAAAGUCUCAAAAGUUCAAUUAAACAUUUUAAUUAACAACAAACAGACGUUCUCAGUGUUACGCUGCAUGACAGUAUUUUCAAAAAAUCAAAGUACUGUCGCUAAACAAUUAGCAUCUUCUACUAGGAAUUUUAGUUCUGACGUAAGUGAAGACCAACAAAUAUGUAAUAUAGGCACAAUAGGUCAUGUGGACCAUGGAAAAACAACUCUCACAGCAGCCAUCACCAAAGUGUUAUCAGAAGAAUACAAUAAUUGUAAAUAUGUUCCGUUUGAUCAAAUUGACAAAGCCCCCGAGGAAAAAGCACGUGGAAUCACUAUAAAUAUUGCCCAUGUCGGUUACUCAACAAAAUUACGAAGAUACGCGCAUACAGACUGUCCAGGUCACAGUGAUUUCAUCAAAAACAUGAUCAGCGGAGCAUCACAAAUGGACGGGGCAAUUUUGGUGGUUGCUGCUGAUGACGGAUGUAUGCCACAGACAAAAGAACAUCUUUUUUUAGCCAAGCAACUCAAUGUUAAACAUAUCGUUGUCUUUCUUAAUAAGGCGGAUCUUGUAGAUGAUGAACUACUGGAUCUGGUGGAAAUCGAGGUCAGAGAACUCCUGAGUGCUGUUGGAUUUGAUGGAUUGGCUACACCAGUUGUACGUGGCUCGGCACUUCUAGCUUUGAAGGGAGAGAAAUCCAAGUUCGGAGUUCCAUGUAUUAUGGAAUUGAUGGACACUAUUGAUUCAUAUGUGCCAACUCCGACAAGAGAUUACACUGCGCCUUUUCUAUUACCAAUUGAUAAUGUGAUAAAUAUACCUGGCAGAGGUACCGUAGUUGUGGGGACUUUGAAGCGAGGAACAAUUAAAAAAAAUUCAUCUGCGGAUUUGUUGGGUUUCAAUCAGGAAACUCGUACUACUGUUGGAGAUAUUCAGAUAUUUCAAAAAAGUGUACCACAAGCUCUUGCUGGAGAAAACAUUGGUGUUCUUUUGAGAAAUGUCAAAUAUAAUAAUGUUUUUAGAGGGAUGAUUCUCUGCCAAAGAGAUUCAGUUAUUUCAACAAAUCAUUUUGAAGCACAGAUGUUUUUAAUUGAAACUGCGGAAGGUGGACGACAUAGACCUUUACCGUCGACAGGUCAUUGCACACCAAUUUACAGUUCAACAUGGUCAGUACAAUGCCGCUUCGAUUUGAUGCUCGAGGAAGGAAACAAUAUGUUGAUGCCUGGCGAGCAGUGUUCCACAAAACUGACUCUCAUCAAACGAAUGCCGAUGAUGAUAGGCCAGACCUUUACAGUUCGAGAAGGAAGAAAUACAGUAGCAACUGGCAUAAUAACAAAGAUACUAAAACCUCUGGUAGUUGAUAAAAAAAAACUAAAUCUACUUGUAUUGCCUGGAUUAAAAAGCAAGCAAUAAAAAUUUUGUAAAUAAAAUAAAUAAAUAAACUGAAAUAUUGUUGGUUUUUUUAUUUUUUAAUUACAAGAGAUACCUCUAGUUAAUAUAUUUUUAUUAAAGACGAACGCGUCAUUCAUCCACUUGUUUACUUAUAUAUGUAAUUUAUUUAUAGUUUUGUUUUAUUAUUAUUUUUUUCUAACGCGUACGCACGAUGGUUAAAAUUUUCAUCCUGUGAAAUUAAAAAAAUGUGAAUGUGCUCUUGUCAAUGGUCGUGCAGUAUCGAUAGUUAUAAACUAUUUAAAUACUGAUUCUCACGUUGACUUCAGCACAGCUUAACGACACUGUUCGAGUAACUAGCUAUGAACAUUUGAACGACACAUUUAAUUAAAUA